AUGAUCAGAGGAGUUUUUUUCUUUUUUACUACGGUUUAUCUUUCGACCCCCUUUUCAUUUCGUCCAGUCAAUAUUUCUAUUUCCGCUUGCGUUUGUUCUCUCCAACGUUCAUUCUUUCUUGUUCCGACAUUUUGGCAGUUUUAUUCUCCUUCUUUUCUUGGUCUUGCACAUUCAUUUCUUACGUCUUAUCUUCAAUUUCACUCUAUCUAUCUAUCUAUCUAUCUAUCUAUCUAUCUAUCUAUCUAUCUAUCUAUCUAUCUAUCUAUCUAUCUCAUUCUGAAUGAUCUAUCUAUCUAUCUAUCUAUCUAUCUAUCUAUCUAUUUAUCUGACUCUACUCAUUCUGAUCAUAAUCUAUCUAUCUAUCUAUCUAUCUAUCUAUCUAUCUAUCUAUCUCAUUCUGGUCAUUAUCUCUCUCUCUAUCUAUCUAUCUAUCUAUCUAUCUAUCUAUCUAUCUAUCUAUCUAUCUAUCUAUCUAUCUAUCUAUCUAUCUAUCUCAUACUGGUCAUUAUCUAUCUAUCUUUUUAUCUCAUUCUGAUUAUCUAUCUAUCUAUCUAUCUAUCUAUCUAUCUAUCUAUCUAUCUAUCUAUCUAUCUAUCUUUUUUCUUUUUAAUGCAUUCUUUUUAUCUUUAUUUCUUAAUUGUUAAAAACUUUCUUACUCUCUUACUUUCUUUCUGUUUAUAUUUCUUUCUUUCUUUCUUAAUCAUUUACAAGUUAAUAUUUUCACACUUUCUUUCAUUCUUUAUUUCUUUAUCUAUUAAUCCUUUACAAGUUCAAUUUUCUUUCUAUCUUUUGUUGUUUCUGAAUGAUUUCCAGAUUACAAACUUUGUAAAGACAAGUUCAGCUUUCAUCCCCAUUUGCUUUCUUUAUUUUUCUUUCUUUCUUUUUUCACUCUCUUUCUUAAUCCUUUGCAAGUUCAUCUUUCUUUCUUUUUAUCGUUCUUUCUUUCUUAAUUUUGUCUCUCUUUUUUACAUCAUCAUUUAUUCACUUAUUUCCUAA